CCUCCAUCUUCCUGUUUCUCCCCUUCAUUCUCCCAAUAACUGUGCAUUUGUAGAUUGUUUCUGCCGCAUUUGCUUUCUCGUUGCCGUUUGCCCUCUCUGUCGGCUGUUGUUCGAUAUUCCUGCAGAGUCUAUCGCGAGCUGCGCCAGACAUCCAUUAGAUAUUUCAACGUCCGAAUCUACAGCAAUCCCUCCUACUCUCUCCCUUGCAACACAGCAUGUGGUACAUAUCAUACUGGUUCUGGCCCGUCUUCAGCGCCCUCGUGUGGGCCGCCAUGCUGAUAACCAUGUUGGUCGUUUGGGCCACAGACGGCUAUCCUAAGUAUCCGUCCAUGGAGCAAACCCAGACUAUAGCAUACAUAUCCGAUAUUGGCGCCCAGGGCCUCAAGCCUUUCUUCAUCACCAUGUCGACUAUAACCGUCGUCUCCUUCAACGUAAACUUCAUCCUCGAGCGCUGGCUUCGACACACCGGCCGCCUCGCUCCCAACACCUCUGUCUGGCAAAAGAUUUGGUCUCUCGCAUCUGUCAUCGCUGCCAUCGCCGGCGGAGUCGGCCUCAUCCUCGUCACCGUUUUUGAUACCCUCCAUCACCCCCGCAAGCAUCGCGUAUUCCUCGGCCUCUUCAUAGGCGGCUACAUUGUCAGCGCCAUCUUCAUCUGCUGGGAAUAUCAACGUCUGGGAUACUAUUACAGAAGCGAAUCCAUCCUGCGCUACUCCUUCUGGAUCAAGCUCUUUUUCAUCAUCGUCGAGGUCGCCCUCGCCAUUGCAUUCGGCGUCGCCGGUAACCAGAAAAAGUACAACGUCGGCGCCGUUCUGGAAUGGGUCAUCGCAUUCAUCUUCUUCUUCUACGUCCUCAGCUUCCUCAUCGAUUUCAUGCCCGCCGUGAGGCACAAGGGGCGGCAGAGCAGAGCGACGGAAAUGGAUGUCGCUCUUGCCGAGGGAGGUGAUCAGAUGGCGGCAGAGAGGGGGUAUUUCCGUGGUGGUGCCGCAGCCCAAGAGCAUGGGAACGGCUACACCAACGGAUAUAUGAAUGGGCACGCGAAUGGUGACACCAACGGUCACCUCAACGCCCAUAAACCUCCCGCACCUGCGGCCGUCCCUCCGUCUAGAAAUUUCUAGGUCGUAAGAUACCCUCACGUAUGGCUCCUCGGUGGAUAACCUUUUUUUUUGCUCCUUACUUUUUUUCCUUGUUAGGGCAUUUGUAGCAACCCGGCUCUGGGAUCUGUUUUCAAGCGACUUGCAUGGACAUGGAGUAUAGACGAAACUUUGGGAGCAUGAGGAAGGGAUAUUUAACCUCUACUAUACCUUGGUCUUUUCCGCGCGACGAACAACAAUAUUUUCGUUUCUUUCCUCGGACGACA